AUGAUUAUCUUUUACAAUGCUCGAAUACUCGGUUUUCUUUUAACUCUAGGCGAAAAUAAAACAAUAAUUGCAGCAUCGAAUCCUAGUGUAACAGUAACAAGCGGUCAAAAGGCCAUAUUAUCAUGUAUAUUUAAUCGUAUCGAUGAAGAUUUAUCAUCAUAUCAAUUAAUAUGGAUUCGGCACAGUCGUGCAGCUUAUGAGGCUGAUUUAAUUUUAGCACAUAAUCAAGAUUUACUUAUAGUUGAUGAUCGUUUAAAUGUUCAACGUACUCAAAAUGAUUAUAAAUUAACGCUAACGGAUGUAACAGGGGACGACGAAGGAACCUAUGCAUGCGAAGUAAACACGCCAACACCACAAAAAUCAUUCAUUCAUUUAUAUGUUCAAGGUGAGAAUGUGCUUUGUUUUUUGAAUGAAGAGAAAAAAACAGAAUGA